GUUUGAAGCUACUACUCUGCGGCAUAAUGCGAACCUUCCAAUUAUUUAUUACAGCAACAACACGCACGAAACCACAAAGUAGCGUACAGAGGGAAACGGAGGAGAGCGUGAAAUGAAAAGAAUCUCAUUCAGUUGAAAAGGUAAAACCCUGGUAACGGUGCAUUCAGUCUCUCCUCCUCGCUCCUCUGCCUCUGCCCCCAAAAAAAAGCAACUCUGACGCCAGUAUCUGUUUAAAUCCAACGAAGAAGUCAGUUGACGACUCAACUGUCUCACUAUCCGAACGCUGAGCGAUUCCAAUCUACUCGGAGUGAGGUCCGAAUCGGAUCCAAUCUGGUGCGAUCUGGAAUGAGCACCAGCGGAGGUUCGUCGGGGAAUUCGGGCGGCGAUCCGUCGGUGGCCGCCUCCAAGGACAAGCAGAAGGAGAAGGCCAGAGUCGGCCGCACCUCCGCAAUCCUCUGGCACGCCCACCAGAACGACGCCGCCGCCGUGCACAAGCUCCUCGAGGAGGAUCGCUCCCUGGUGCAAGCCAGGGAUUACGACAACAGGACUCCUCUCCACGUCGCUUCGCUGCACGGUUGGAUCGAUGUCGCCAAGUGUCUGAUCGAGUAUGGAGCUGAUGUCAACGCCCAGGAUCGCUGGAAGAACACGCCUCUAGCAGAUGCCGAAGGAGCUAAAAAACAUAGCAUGAUUGAGCUGUUAAAAUCAUAUGGUGGCUUAUCUUAUGGUCAGAGUGGAAGCCAUUUUGAACCUAAGCCUGUCCCGCCUCCCCUGCCAAAUAAGUGUGACUGGGAGAUUGACCCUUCUGAGUUGGACUUCUCAAACUCGAACACUAUUGGGAAGGGGUCUUUUGGUGAGAUUUUAAAAGCCUGUUGGCGUGGAACACCUGUAGCUGUCAAACGCAUUCUUCCAUCUCUUUCAGAUGAUAGAUUGGUGAUUCAGGACUUCAGGCAUGAGGUUAAUUUGCUUGUGAAGCUGCGCCACCCUAACAUAGUCCAAUUCCUUGGAGCUGUCACUCAGAAGAAGCCCCUAAUGUUAAUUACUGAGUAUUUGCGAGGGGGCGAUCUUCAUCAGUACCUGAAGGAAAAGGGUUCACUUAAUCCGUCAACAGCUAUUAACUUUGCAUUGGACAUUGCCAGAGGCAUGGCUUAUCUUCACAAUGAGCCCAAUGUUAUAAUUCAUCGAGACCUAAAGCCAAGGAAUGUUCUUCUAGUCAACUCCAGCGCAGAUCAUUUGAAGGUUGGAGACUUUGGACUAAGCAAACUAAUCAAAGUUCAGAAUUCUCAUGAUGUGUACAAAAUGACCGGGGAGACUGGAAGCUACCGGUACAUGGCACCUGAAGUUUUCAAGCACCGGAAGUAUGACAAAAAGGUUGACGUAUUCUCCUUUGCAAUGAUUCUGUAUGAGAUGCUUGAAGGGGACCCGCCAUUGUCAAACUAUGAACCUUAUGAAGCAGCUAAAUAUGUGGCAGAGGGGCAUAGACCUAUUUUUCGUGCAAAAGGAUAUAUUCCCGAACUGAGAGAUUUAACAGAACUGUGCUGGGCUGCUGACAUGAACCAGAGACCACCUUUCUUGGAAAUUCUCAAGAGGCUUGAGAAGAUUAAGGAAAUUCUACCAUCAGAUCAUCACUGGAACAUUUUUAAUGCGUGACCUGAAAAAUUUUUUGUUGGCCCCCAUGCUUCUGUAUUUAAAUGUGCGGAAGGGGUCGUGAAUGGACUCACUGCAUCGUGUAAGUUUGUUGGAGUAAUUGCUAUUGCUAUGGCAGGUUGAUACUUCCUGGUUUCUUCAAAACUCCAAAAGCCCCAUCAGGUUUGGUCUUGUCUUUUAAGGGUCGUACCCUAAUUGACGUAUUUAAAGACGUUCAGAAUUUUGACCAGCAUUUCCUCCUUUUGUUUCUCUUCUGUAAUUCAUUUGUGCUUCCAGGUGAUUGUUGUAAGCCAGAAUAGGCAGCAUUCUUGCAUCCUCGAAUAUCGCAUAGUUCUUUACUCAAAACAGAGGGACUGUGUUCCAGUAUUUUCCUUUUUCUUUUGUAAAGUUGAUUUGCAAAAGUUUAUGUUGAUGUUUUGGAAACCUUGAAUAUUUUAUAGCAUCUUGUUACUGUGGAAAA